UUCGUUGCUUCGUCGUGUACGGUUGUAUGCUUGCAAACAAGUAAAGAUACAAACGUGUAAUGUCAACUCAGAGAAAAAUAUAACUUAGAUAUAUAAAACGAAAUUUUACAAAUUUCACGUAAAACUCACAAAACCGAAUUUACGAAAAGACAAACUAAGACCGUGAUCAAAGCGAGCACUUGGAUUAUCGCUCACGGCACAAAACUAAAAAUAUUGAAUACAAGAAAAAAUUCGAAUAAAAAAACUUGUUAUAAAAAACAAAAAUUAAGUGAAGUGUUGAAAAUUAAAAUUUUCAAAGAAAAUUGGAAACAUUUCCCCGAAGUGAAUAUGGAAUUUUAACCCAAGAAUCCCGCCAAUAAAAAAAUCAUUAUUUCAUCGAUUCCGAUUUCAUCAAUUUUCGAAUUCAUCAAACUUUUGUGAAAACAAAAAACACAACAACAACAUCACCAUGGCAUCUAAAAAUUUGGAAACUAUUUUAACGCUCACCUGCCUGGUAUUGCUGAUGGUGGCCUCCACAACCUCUGGCUUGGCCAAUUGUCCAGCUGGCUGCCAAUGUGAUGACAACACCCUAAUUGUCCAGUGCGGUGAAGGACAAUUGGAUGUGUUGCCAAUUGCCUUGAAUCCCUCCAUUCAACGCCUGGUCAUCAAGAACAACAAAAUCAAGACCAUCGACUCAUCCAUUCAAUUCUAUGCUGAAUUGACAUUCUUGGAUUUGUCCUCCAACCAUUUGAUGAACAUUCCCCAGCGUACCUUUGCCUAUCAGCGUAAACUGCAAGAGGUCCAUUUGCAGUACAACAAAAUUGGCCAAAUCAGCAACAAGACCUUGAUUGGUUUGUCGGCCGUUACCGUUUUGAAUUUGCGUGGCAAUCUCAUCUCAGAAUUACAUCAGGGCACCUUUGCACCAUUGGCCAAAAUUGAGGAGUUGAAUUUGGGCGAGAAUCGCAUUGGCUACAUUGAUCCCAAGGCUUUUGAUGGUUUGAAUCAAUUGAGAAUUUUGUAUUUGGAUGACAAUGCCUUGACCUCAGUGCCAGAUCCCAUACAUUUCCAGGCCAUGCCAUCGUUGGCUGAAUUGUUUUUGGGUACCAAUGCCUUGAUGACCGUGCCUCCAGCAGCCUUCCAAGAUUUAAAGGGUUUGACACGCCUAAACCUUAAAGGUGCUGGUUUGCGUAACAUUUCCCAUGAUUCCUUCCUGGGUUUGGAAUCCCUGCGUAUUUUGGACUUGUCUGACAAUCGUUUGGCUCGUGUGCCCACAAACAGCCUGAGUCAAUUGGGACGCUUGGAAGAAUUGUUCUUGGGUCAAAAUGAUUUCGAAGCCAUUCUCGAGGGAGCCUUUGUGGGUUUGAAACAAUUAAAACGUUUGGAAAUCACUGGAGCUUUGCGUUUGAAACGUGUCAUGACCGGUGCCUUUGGCAGCAACACGAAUUUGGAAUACCUGAAUUUGGCCUCCAACAAAAUGUUGAAUGAAAUCCAAGAAGGUGCCCUCAGUGGUUUGCCCCAUUUGAAAUAUGUCAAUCUGAAGGCAAAUGGUUUGACCACCCUGGCUGAAGGUCUUUUCCCUUGGCAAGAUUUGUCCACCUUGGAUUUGUCGGAAAAUCCCAUUGCCUGUGACUGCCGUGUUAUGUGGCUGAGAAAUGUUUUGAUUAACAAGAAUAACACCGGUGAUAAUGUCAGUGAAGUUCUCUGCGAAUUCCCCGAAAGUCUGAGAGGUGAGGAGUUGAAGAAUCUGAAUCCUGCCCUUAUGGGUUGCUCUCACACCGAUCCCCGUAAACAGGCCUUGAUUGGUGCCCUUUUGGUUGGAACUGCUGCCACCAUUACCACCUUGGUCUUGAUUGUCUAUCGUUGCCGCAGAAAGAUCCGUGACUACUUGAAGGGUGGUAUCUUCGGCAACUCGGCCUUGGGCAACAAGGAACGUGAAUAUCAAAAGACUUUCUGUGACGAAGACUACAUGACCCGCCAUCAACAUCAUCCCUGCAGUUUGGGUAUCCAUUCCACUUUCCCCAACACCUAUACGCCUCACAAUAUGGGACCUGCCCACUAUGGUCCCAUGUGCCCUGUGCAAAUGAAUGGUGCCGAACAGAAGAAUUUCCAACAAUUGCAGGUGCCAACUGGUACAAUUUUGAGCGACAAAAAAGCAGGUAAAACCCAAAGCAAUACCGUCAAUGAUGACAGCGAUUCCUUUGUGGUCCACAUCAAGAACAGCUCCAACAAUGCUGCUGCCAUACAAAAAUUGAACCACUACACCAAACCUCAUUUGUUCCAACAAACCGCAGCUGUGGGUGAUUCCUGCUAUUCCUAUGCCGAUUUGCCAAUUAUUCACUCGAACUCGAAUCAGGAGCAGAACAUUAACUAUCAUCAACAGCCCAUGCACUAUGGUACCUCCCAAGACUAUUCCAAUUCAACGGCCAGCACUGUGGAAAUGGAUCCCAACUACAUUUACAGCAACACCCAUUACUCCAUGCCAUUGGAACAGGGCAACAGCCAAAGAGUCAAGACCCCCACACCACCACCUGUACCACCAGCACUGCCCCUACGCAACCCUCCACAAAUGUUGAGCGUCAGCACCACCGGACGUCGUUCCUUCAACCAUGGCUCCAAACACAGCCAGGCCAAUGGCGGUCAUGUCAAUCAGGCCCAAACCAUGCGUUAUCAACACUGAUUGUGGGACAAUAACUCGGGAAGUUUGAAACGACCUGGACCAGGUUAUGCAAGAACUCCGGAGAAUUAUCCCAGCUCGGCAGCGUUAACGUAUCAUCGCCAGAAUUUAAGCAUUUGGGCUUAGAGGCGAAACAAUUCAAAUUUCAAAGUGGUCAACUGUGAUGCCAGACUAUCGUAGAACAAGCUAACAAGGACUUAAGACUCCCCCACCCGCCCUCUCCUGCAAAAAAUGUACAGAACCAAUUUCAUUUUAUUUUUAAACACACAAACAAACCGAACAAAGACAUUUAGUUUUCUAGGAUAUUUUUUUUAAUUUAGUUUAAAACGAAUUAGGCUAACACAUACACACACUCACAUACAUUUUUCGUAUGUGUGGAUCAUUAAAAGAAAGAAGAAAGAAAAAACAAAAAUAAAAUAAUAGGGAAUCAUUGUAAAUAUUUCAUCAUCGUCAUCAUCAUUUAAGGAACGAUCUCUCUAAGAUUCAGCCGUAAACAAAAUUUAAUUUCCUUAUUUGUAUUCAUUCUAUUAUUAUUAUUUUUUU